AUGAUGAAUGCGGGUAGUUUAAUACAUCAACAAUCAAAUAGUGUACCGAUGAUUAGUGCCACAACUACAGUUACUAAUACGGGUUGUGUUCCGGUACAGUUUUUUAAUGGUUUUUUGGAUGGUACUGAUGAUGGAUUAAUUCAUCAACAACAAAAUCAACAAGUACCGCUGCAACAAAUAUUACGUACACAAAUGCCAGGAAAUAUUCCAAAUAUGCCAGCUAUUAUAGAACAGCAGCAGCAUCAGCAGCAGCAGCAGCANCAACAACAACAACAACAACAAAUAUUCAUGCGACAACAACAAGUGCAUCCGCAACAUGGUGUUCCUACGAUACAGCAUUAUUCAGACAGUACAGCGGUUGCAUCUGGAAUGAGACAUAUAUUACCUGAUGCUCUACCGUUUUCACCUAAUUUUUACGAGUAUCAACCAAUUCAACCUAUGCAUAAUAUGCAUCAUCCACAAAUGGUAGACAAAACGUUGAUUCGUGAUAUAUCACAGCAGCAUAAUGAUUAUUCGGGAAAUGCAAUGCCAUCCUCAUCACAUCAUACAACUGCAUCCGCUACUGAUCCAUGUGCCCAAAUUGCUCACGUCCUUCAGUGCUAUCAGCAGGGUGGUGAAGAUGCUGAAUUCGUCCGGAAAGCAAUAGAAAGUUUAGUAAAGAAGUUGAAAGAUAAACGAAAUGAAUUGGAAAAUUUAAUUACCGCUGUAACAUCGGCUGGAAAGCAACCAACAUCUUGUGUUACUAUUCAGAGAUCGUUGGAUGGACGGCUACAAGUUGCAGGUCGGAAAGGCGUUCCACAUGUGGUUUAUGCUCGAAUUUGGCGUUGGCCGAAUGUUAACAAAAAUGAACUACAAAAAUUACCGAUAUGUGCAAUAGCACCUGAUAACCAGGACGUAAUUUGCAUUAAUCCAUAUCACUAUGAACGAAUUGUAUCGUCAAGCAUUGGAAACAUUGAUAUGUCAACUCUUCGUUUGGAUGCCUUAACUGUACCAUCAUCUUCAUCACAGGUCACAGUGGUAAAUCCAUUGUCCAGUAAUGUUGUACCAGGACAAAUGGCCCAAGCACAAAUUUCUGCACAACCAUUACCGAUUGAAAGUUCAUAUUGUGAUGUAACAUCACCCGGAUCAUUAAAUAUGUUGCAAGGUGGCACGAACGAUGGCGCCAGUGUUGAUGAUCGGAAUGCUUGGCUGAAUCAGAAUUGUGUUUUAUCAGCAGCAAAUUCAUCCGCUGCACAUUUAUAUCAACAACAUUCUCAAGUGCCCGAUCAUUGGUGUUCCAUAUCAUAUUAUGAAUUAGAUACGCAAAUUGGUGAAACCUUUCGAGUUCGAAAAGAUCGAACAGAGGUAAUAAUUGAUGGUGGUGUUAAUCCGGCAGGAGCUAAACAUGGUCGAUUUUGUUUAGGAGCUUUAUCAAAUGUACAUAGGAUUUAUACUAAAAGCUAUUUAUUUAGGUUACACAUUGGAAAAGGAGUACGUAUUUCAACACAGCGUGACGGUAGUGUAUAUCUGGAAUGCUUGUCACACAAAUCUGUUUUUGUUCGAAGUUAUUACUUAGAUUUUGAAAACGAUAUUGAAUGUGGUACCACUGUACAUAAAUUUUGUUCCGGUUCGCCGAGCAAAAAAAUUUUCGAUUUACGUUGGGCUUUUGCGGAAAUGGAACAUCAAAGUAAAUCUGCUCGCUUAGCUGUUGUAGCACAAGCUGCAGCAGUUGCUGGAUAUCUUCCUCAAGCAAAUAUCGCAUCGUCAUUGAUUGAACAUGUUGGGACAGGUGUUGAUGAUUUGAGACGAGUAUGUUGCAUAAUAGCGAUAUCAUUUGUAAAAGGCUGGGGCGUAGGUUACAAUCGUGCAUCAAUUAAAGAAACACCAUGUUGGGUCGAACUACAACUUCAUCGACCACUACAGCUUUUGGAUCAGUUACUAAAAAACGAGUAUUAA